CUUCUCGAAUAUUUUUGCUCGGACACAAAAAUCUUUUCGAUUUGUUACUACAAAACCCUAAACCCUUGUUUCCAAAUCGUUCACACAGGUGACAGGGACCGUCAACCGUUGCUCUUGUACUCGUAGAAAACUUCGCCUGCACGAUACAUGUAGGUGCCAUCGCAAACCUAUAAAAUACUCCAUCUGAAGCCGAAGGAGUGAUUUCUCGCAGAGCAUUCAACGCAGCAUUUGUCUGAGCACUACGAUGGAGUUGGACCCGGACGACAUCUUCCGAGAUGAAGACGACGACCCAGAGAACGAAUUCUAUCAGGAAAGAGAGGCGAGCAAAGAAAUGGUGGUUUACCUGGUGGAUGCUUCCCCCAAAAUGUUCAGCGCUACUGCUCUCCAAGAAAAUCAAGAGGAAACACACUUUCAUGUUGCCGUCAGUUGUAUUUCCCAGUCACUGAAAACUCAAAUUAUCAACAGGUCUUAUGAUGAAGUUGCAAUAUGCUUCUUCAACACGAGAGAAAAGAAGAAUUUGCAGGAUUUAAAUUGUGUUUAUGUUUUUAAUGUUGCUGAACGAGAUGAUCUAGACCGGCCAACAGCAAGGCUUAUAAAAGAUUUUGAUUGCAUAGAAGAAUCAUUUACUAAAGAAAUAGGGAGUCAGUGCGGUAUCUUGUCUGGAUCGCGAGACAAUUCUCUAUACAAUGCUCUGUGGGUUGCCCAAGCGCUUCUGCGUAAAGGAUCUGCAAAAACAGCUGACAAACGAAUUCUCUUAUUCACAAAUGAAGACAAUCCUUUUGGGAGUAUCAAGGGUGUUGUGAAGAUAGAUAUGAUGAGGACAACAUUGCAACGAGCUAAAGAUGCACAAGAUCUUGGCAUCUCAAUUGAACUGCUACCCUUAAGUAGGCCUGAUGAGGAGUUCAACAUCUCACUUUUCUACUCUGACUUGCUUGGAUUGGAGGGUGACGAUGCUUCCCAGUUUUUGCCGUUGGCAGGAGAGAGGUUGGAAGAUAUGAAAGAUCAAUUAAGAAAACGCAUGCUCAAGAAGCGUAAAGUGCGAAGAGUUACAUUUUCGAUUGCCAAUGGGAUAUCUUUAGAACUCAAUACAUAUGCUUUAGUUCGCCCAACACUUCCAGGGACCAUUACCUGGCUUGAUUCUGUGACCAAUGUCCCUUUACAGUCUGAAAGAUCAUUUCUCUGCGCGGACACUGGUGCAUUAAUUCAGGAGCCUGCAAAGCGUGUCCAAUCUUAUAAGAAUGAAGAUAUCAAGUUUUCAGUUGAGGAACUUUCAGAAAUCAAGAGAGUUUCAACUGGACAUCUUCGUCUUCUAGGUUUUAAGCCAUUGAGUUGUUUAAAAGACUACCACAACCUGAGGCCAUCAACCUUUCUCUUUCCUAGUGAUGAGGAAGUUGUUGGAAGUACUUGCAUUUUCAUUGCUCUCCACAGAUCCAUGUUGCGUCUGAACCGUUACGCAGUUGCAUUCUAUGGGAGUGCUACUCAUCCUCAACUGGUUGCUCUCGUUGCGCAAGAUGAGAUAGUCACUGCUAGUGGUCAGGUUGAGCCGCCUGGAAUGCACAUGAUAUAUCUUCCUUAUUCUGAUGACAUCAGACACAUUGAAGAGGCACGUUAUGUUUAUAAAACUUUUCGGACUGGAAUAAGUUUCAUUCCAAUUCAUACAGAUGAAAAUAAUGAGACUCCUCGAGCGAAUGAUGAUCAAAUUAGAAAGGCUACUGCUUUAAUGCGACGUGUUGACUUAAAAGAUUUUUCAGUGUGUCAAUUCUCUAAUCCUGCCUUGCAGAGGCACUAUGCAGUGCUACAGGCAUUAGCCUUGGAUGAAGACGAGAUGCCAGAAGUGAAAGAUGAAACCGCUCCUGAUGAGGAAGGCAUGGCUCGAACGGGAGUGGUUAAUGCUUUGGAAGAGUUUAAGCUCUCUGUCUAUGGAGAAAACUACGAUGAAGCCAAGGAGUUUGAGACCAAUGGAAAAGUAAGUGAGGCUUCCAGAAAAAGGAAAGCGAUUGCUGAAAAUGCUGUCAAGGAGUGUACAAACUAUGACUGGUCCGACCUUGCGGACAAUGGAAAGCUGAAGGAUUUAACAACAGUCGAGUUGAAGUACUACCUGACAGCACACGGCCUUCCUGUUGCUGGGAGAAAAGAGGCUUUGAUCAUUAGGAUUUUAGCUCAUUUGGGCAAGUAGCUGAGUCUGCUGAGAGCAGCAUAGCAUAUUUUGUAUGACACUUGUAUGAAAGAAGGAUCUUCUUUCUCUUCUCUUCUCUUUUUUUUUUGGCAGUGCAGCAGGAAAGAAAACUUAAUGUAUAUACAGCUUUUGAUGUUGUAUUGGCGUAUGCAGUGGCAGAAAUUACUUGUAGAAAGUUACUGUACUUUAGAAGAUUUAUGCACAUCCGGUGGCAACAUCCACCUGAAAAGUUCUCCGAGUCA